AGCCAGACAGGAACCUGAGGGGAGAGAGACAGUUUCCCCCCCCAAAUGCUGCACCAGAGAGGAGAUUGGCGCGACACGUCCCGAGUCCGAGCGACGGGGCCGUCUUAUUGCGCGGGCACAGCCCAGGGGCCCCAAGUGCAGUUUCUACGGCAACCGGAGACGCUUCCCGAGAUUUCCUGCGGUGACAACGUCUGAAGAGAGAGAAAGAAGAGCGAGCGAGAGGAAAUGUCUGACUCCGAGGAGGACGUGUUGGAGGAGGAGGAGCAGGAAGCUCAGGAUCCUGUAGAGGAGGCCGAUGAGGACGCCGAGGCCGGAGAAGAGGAAGAAAAGGAAGAGGAGCAGGAAGAAGAAGAGAAGGAAGAAGGAGAGGAGAAGGAGGAGCCAGAAAAAGAGGAGCCUCCGCCCCACGUGCCGCUAACUGAAGAAAUGCUGAAGGAAGGACUGACCCUGCUGUGCAAGACAGGAAACGGCCUCGCUCAUGCCUUUGUCAAGCUGGAAGUUAAACAUAAAGAGAUCACAGACAUCUCCAUCCUGCAAUCCUUCAUACAUCUGCGUUAUGUGGAUCUCUCCCAGAACACUCUUCAGGAUCUCUCGUCUCUGAGCGCUCUCACCCAUCUCCUCAGCCUCCGGGUAGACCAAAACCAGCUGCUCAGUGCCAACGGCCUGGGAGAACUCCCCUACCUACAAAUGGCCAGCUUGGCCUACAACAAGCUACAGGACCUCCAUGGGCUUUCCCACCCGCGGCUGGAGUCCCUCAACCUCAUAGGGAAUAAACUGCGUACAUUGGAGAGUCUCAACUGCAUUAAUCUAUACAGUCUGCACACUCUGGAACUACGAACCAAUCAGCUGCAGAGCACAGCCGGACUUUACCUGCCAAACCUGCGUAACCUUUACCUGGCCCAGAAUAACAUAAAGUCAUUGGAAGGAUUGGAGCAUCUCGUCAGUCUCACCAGCCUUCAUCUAAGAGACAACCAACUGGAGACCCUGGACGGCUUCUCGGAGAACAUGCGAGCUCUUCAGUACCUGAACCUCCGAGGUAAUCUGGUGCCCAGGGUACAAGAAGUGGAGAAGCUGAAAGUUCUCCCCAUGCUCCGAGCGUUGGUUCUGAGGGAGAACCCAGCCGAGGAGGAGGAUGGUUACCGUCUGGAAACGCUCAUCGCUCUGCCCAACCUGGAGAGACUUGAUAAAAAUUUCUUCGAGGAGGAAGAAAGGACGGAAGCUGCAGAAACCAGGACGACCCGACUGGAGGAGGGACUAAAUAUAUAACAGGGGGACAGCAAAUGGGAUCGGGAGGGUGGAUGAGGGACGAGACCUCCAGUCUUUGUAUGUUUGCGGGUGAAUGAUACAGUGUUGCUCAACCAUCUGAGAAUUUUGAAUGUAAGAUAUGUCCUUAAAGUUCAAUAAAGUUUCGAGGACGUAUCUCUUA